CACAUACUCAUUUAACUUGUAUCCAUGGCCACACUUUCCUGCUAUUCCCUCCACCCUCUUUCUUCUUCUUCUUCUUCUUCUUUUCCUUCAACAUCUCAAUCUUUUCCACACCAACCUCAAACAAAACCCGAAACCCCUCCUCCGCUCAUCCGCUGCUCCGCAACCGGCAUUGCCACUAUUGCCGCCCCCGGACGUGAAAUCAUAAUUCAGCCAACCACUCGGCUGUUGGUCCAACCUAUUCUCCUAUUUGCUGGCUUCGAUAGACCCUUGGACACCCAAACUUUUCUUGCCACUAUCAGUGUCUUGGCCGCCAUUGCUCUCUCCCUCUUUCUCGGCCUUAAGGGUGACCCUGUGCCUUGUGAGAGAUGUGCUGGCAAUGGUGGUACGAAAUGUGUCUUCUGCAACAAUGGCAAAAUGAAGCUAGAGACAGGCUUGGUUGACUGCAAGGUUUGCAAGGGUGCAGGAUUGGUACUUUGCAAGAAAUGUGCAGGUUCUGGCUACUCUCGACGGCUAUGAACUAUGUAACAAUUUUUAGAAUAUUACUCUGCUCUCUCUCUCUCUCUCUCUCUCUGUCUCUCUCUAUUUGCAAUUCUGAAUGAACUUUCUCUAGCUCCAACUCCUUUUUGCCUAGAUGUAUAUCUUCUUUUUGUACAUUCAAGUGGUGGCCACAUGCUCUAAUGUACAUGUGCUAAUUCAAAAAAUUGCAUUCUAAUUCG